UUCCCCAGGCUUCUUAACAGCCUGGUGUGGGAAGCUGGUCCUUAGGUGAAUCUCUGAAGUCAGAUGAGGACAGCAGUUCAAGGUAUGACCCACGCCUGGAGCACAGUAAGCUUGAGCAGGGGAUGAGUCGGACUUGGAGCCAACUGGACACAACCCUGGUGUCUGCUCCCUCACCACGCUGGGGUUCUGGGAGGGGCCCCAAGGCUGUCAAAUAGUCUCUCUGCAAGCUUCCAAGCUUGGGCUAGACAAAAUCACCAUUCUCUCCACUGAUGUUUUGAGUGUUUGUCUCAGAUCUGGGAAUGCUCUGAUCAGGUCCCCGGGGAAGAGGGGCGGUGGGGGGGUGGACGACUUGGCCUCUAGGGGUUUUCAAUGGCUAUCGGCUAUAGCCAUAAUUCCCCAGGCCUCAAACAAGUUUUCCUUACAGAGAGAGGGCUGAGAGCUUAGCUUCUGCAUUACUCAGGAGAUAGAAUAGUUCUGCUCCAAAGCAGAGACCCAAGACCCUGCCUUACCCCUGACUCGCUUCUGUUCCCCAACACCUGCAUCAAGCUACCCAGGAAAGCUCCAUGAGUUUCCAAAGCACCAGCAGUGGGAUGGAAAACACACCAAAGACCAUGCUUUGGGGCGGCGAGCUCAAUCAGGACAAGCAGACUUGCACCUUUAAACCCCAAGUGGAGAGGAAGGACAGCUGUAAACUGUUGCUCAGCACGAUCUGCUUGGGGGAGAAAGCCAAAGAGGAGGUGAAUCGCGUGGAAAUCCUGCCCCCAGCAAACCAGGAAGACAGAAAACUACCAGUCACCAUUGCCUCCCUGAAGGCCUCUGUCCUGCCUAUGGUCACAAUGACAGGUGUGGAGCUUUGUCCCCCAGUGACUUUCCGGCUCCGGGCUGGUUCAGGACCUGUGUUCCUCAGUGGCCAGGAAUGUUAUGAGACUUCAGACCUACCCUGGGAAGAUGACGAGGAAGAGGAGGAAGAGGAGGGGGAGGAGGAGGAGGAGGAGGAAGAUGAAGAUGUGGAUUUGGAUUUAUCAAUAGAAGAGACACCUACCAAACAAGUCAAAAGGGCUGCUCCCCAAAAGCAGACAAGCCUGGCUAAGAAAAAAAAGCUAGAAAAAGAGGAGGAGGCAGCAAGGCCCGGCCCUCCGGAAAAGAGCCUCUGGAGGAAGGGGAAAGCUACACCCAAACCUAGGAAGUCAGCAUCCAAGAAAUGAAGAGCACCUUGGUAUCUCUCAAGUCCCAGGGAGGUGACGACCAGCUGCUCUGGUGCAGGUGUCCAGCCCCUCCACCUGAACCUAAAUGUAAUAGUGUUGUGGGGGCCACACAGGAGCCCUACAACCCGGCCUUUCUGUUUCAAAAGGCUCUUGGAGAAGAACCCCCCACAAGCGUGCAUAAGCCACAAUAAAAUUUGCAUGAUCAGAAUCUCCCUCCGUCCUUUCCCUGGGUGGAUCUCCUUGUCGCUGCACUAGCUCAUGUGCCCAGCAGAGGGCAACCGCGAGCAAGAAACUGGCCCCAGGUUGCUCUUCCUGGUUUCCACCCCAGGAUUGGGUGAAGGCCUAGGCAUCUGGCCUCUGCC